AUGUCUUUUCCGUCAAACUUGAACCCUGAUGAGGCUAGCCCACCGUGGUUGAACAAAGGUGACAACUCUUGGCAGCUUACUGCAGCUACUCUGGUGGGUCUCCAAAGUGUCCCGGGUCUCGUAAUCCUUUACGGUAGCAUAGUGAAAAAGAAAUGGGCUGUCAACUCGGCCUUCAUGGCACUUUACGCCUUUGCUGCAGUUCUCGUGUGUUGGGUUGGGUGGGGGUACCGGAUGGCUUUCGGGGACAAGUUCAUUCAUUUCCUAGGAGUCCCCAAUGUUUCCCUGGACGCUAAUUACCUCAUCCAGCAGGCUUUUCUCGGAUAUCUACCAAAUGCAACCAUGAUCUAUUUCCAGUUCGUGUUUGCAGCCAUCACUCUGAUUCUGGUAGCUGGUGCAUUGCUUGGAAGGAUGAAUUUCCUUGCAUGGAUGUUGUUUGUUCCACUUUGGUUGACAUUUUCCUACACCAUCACUGCCUACAGUAUAUGGUGCCCUCAAGGGUGGUUGUCUAAGAAAGGCAUUAUUGAUUACUCUGGAGGAUAUGUUAUCCAUUUGUCUUCUGGUGUUGCUGGUUUCACUGCAGCUUACUGGGUUGGGCCAAGGACAACCAAGGACAGGGAGAGGUUCCCACCAAACAAUAUCUUGUUGAUGCUUGCAGGGGCUGGACUACUUUGGAUGGGAUGGACUGGUUUCAAUGGUGGUGAUCCCUACACCGUCAGUACUGAUGCAUCGUUAGCCGUCCUUAACACCCAUGUGUGCACCGCUACAAGCUUAUUGACAUGGCUCAUGCUUGACAUUAUUUUCUUCGGAAAGCCCUCUGUGAUCGGAGCUACUCAGGGAAUGAUCACUGGCUUAGUUUGCAUCACUCCCGCAGCAGGAGUGGUGCAAGGUUGGGCAGCAAUAUUGAUGGGGAUAAUGUCUGGUAGCAUCCCAUGGUACACAAUGAUGGUCCUGCACAAGAAGAUAGGGUUCCUCAAGCAAGUCGAUGACACCAUGGCGGUGUUCCACACGCACGCUGUAGCAGGCAGCCUAGGAGGCAUCUUGACCGGCGUGUUUGCGGUGCCGAAGCUCAACCGACUUUUCUACUUGGUACCCGAGUGGCAACACUACAUCGGUCUUUUCUACGGGUUCCAUACUGGUCGCACCACAGCCGGGUUCACGCAGUUAGGUAUUCAAUUGCUAGGAAUCGCAUUCGUAGUCAUCCUCAACGUGAUCAUGACUAGUGUGAUAUGUAACGUAAUCAAGUUUAUAGUUCCGCUGAGAUUAGCGGAGGACGAGCUGCAAACAGGGGAUGACGCAAUCCAUGGGGAGGAAGCUUAUGCACUGUGGGGCGAUGGGGAAAAGUAUGAAUCAAGGUUGAAUUCCGUUUAUGAAGAAUUCCCACCACCAACCAAAGGUGGUGAAGUUCAAAUGGCCUGA